UGAGAUUUCAGAAGACGAUUUUUUAGAUAAAAAUCAGAUGUUCCCCCGUACGCGUGGGUCUUAAAGUGCAAAUUUGUCAUCUUUACCGAGAUUGGAACUCAAGACCUCUUACUUAGAGUUUAGCGAGCUCUUCCUGAAGCUAACCUAGCCGGCACAGCCCCUUAUUAACCCUUAAAAUGGUCAUCCGCGAAUUAGAGCCAUUAUUACAAAUAUUGCGACUCAACAUUACAAUUGCAUAGCUGUUGUGCCAAGUAAGAACGCCCAAUGGGCCCUCAAACGUUCUCAAAUUUUCACAAACAAACUAUAAAGCUGAUGCAAAAUUGGCGGAUAUUUUUCUUCUAAUUUAUUCGAAGAUUUCAUUCGCGGUGUGAUUUUUCGCGUUUCUGAGAAUGUUCACUAAAAUAAUCAUUACGCUCCUCAAAAAUGAAUAUUUCGUCGAUAAAAAUUCGGCCAUGUUUGAUUGCUCUUACCGUGUUUUUCCUCAGCAUGACAAAGGGCAUCGCAUGCAGCCUAUUGCGCGUUGUAGCUGUUAGAUGGUCGGUGACCAAAGAGUAAUCGGUCGCCCGAAGAGUAUUUUUCGAGACAAAAAUUGAUCGUUAUGAGAACGCAACUUGUGUAAGAGCUUUCGUCUUGUAGCGACAAGGUCAAAAAUGGAUGGAUGGAUGGACCUCUGUGUUUGUACCAUCUAAGCUCAAACAUCAAUGAUACUUUUGACGGCGUAAAUGAAAAACUAUUUUAGAGAAAAUGUUGUGCGAGAUUCAUUUUCCUGGUGUGGCAUGCAGACGUGCCGUUAAAUACUACUUUCUGGCAUAUUAAUCUUCAAAAAUGCAAAUCUACAGUGCUUUAAGAAAUCAGUAUCAUCAUCUUAAAAUUAAUCAUAAAGAUUUUCAGUUUUUUUUUUAGAGAAAAUAAAUCCAUCUUGUGUAUGUUGCGACUAUCGCAGUUGAUUAAAAACCGGGGCACUGGGAAAAUGAAAGAGUUAGAACAAUGAUCGAUCUAGGUCUCUGGCUGCGGUGCUAAGCCGGAGAAAUGAAGGCGGUGAUAAAGAAGGGGGAAAUGGGAAAAACGUAAACGUUUAGUGCCUACGCCGAAUGACAGCAAUAAGGAAAUGGUGUGGUUGCUUAUAAGAUCCAGUGCUUGACCGCUGUCUCCCAUAAUAAUUCAUCAUGUUUCGCCGACAUCACCCCAUCAAUGCUGUUUGCAGCACAGUAUGCUUGUUGACAACUUUACAAUAUUUUACUGAAAGCACAAAGAUUGUUUACAGCUUCCCAGCUUCGGGUCCAAGCGGCAGCGGAGCAAAGUCCUCCUCCUCGAGCAGCCAAUUCGUGGGUGCCGUGAAGAAGCGCGAGGAUCUCCCCGGCUUCGACUCCGAAGAGAACUUCGCCCCUGUAAAAACCUACCCUGGUUCCUCUUCGGGUGACAGCGGAGGAGGCGGCGGCGGCCCCGCUUACAGCGUCUCCUCCUUCUCCACCGGCGGCGACGUCGCUGGCUUCAGCACCCACAUCAAACACGACGUUCCGCGACGUGGAGAGUCCCCCUCGGCCUCGGCCCCUUAUCACCGUUCGUCCAACUCGGAACCGGAGUUCUACUUCCCGUCGCCGGCAGAGCGCGCUGAGCCCUCGCGGCUCUUCAAGAGCCUCUUCGCGCAGGAGGAGGAUGAGCCCUCGGCGUCGCCGUUGGUGAGCGAGGCGUCGACCGAUGAGAGGAGGUUGGAGGAGAUCAAGAAGCACAUGGAGGAGGCGGAAAGGAGCUUCGAUGACGACGGGCCCUCGGCUGGAGGUGCGGAGGGCGGUAGCUUCAAUGAUGAGGGGUUCCGCAGUCUAAAUGAAGAAGAGGAGGAGGAUGGUGUCGGGUGUAAGAACUGUAACUAUGCACAGUUUCAGAUGGAGCACUAGGAUAUAGUGUCAUUCAGCUGUAAGGUAAUGAAGUCGUCGUUCCCAAAUAAAGGAACCACCGAAAAAAAAAGUGAAGUUGAUUAAACAUUCUGGAUGCAAAAAAAGUGUGCAAAAACUCACAAAAUGCUAAAUUACCCACUACGGCAAUUAGUUUUACUUCUUGACAUUGCUAACGUAACUGCUGAAGCAGUAAAUUCAGCAUUUUGUAAGUUCUCGCACACUUUGUUUACAUCCAGAAUGUUAAGUCAACUUCACUUUUUUUUCGGUGACGCAGUGCUCUCAUUCCUGGUCCGUCAACAGUUCCGAGAUUCGGAACUUUUUUGUUCAAAUUUCUCCCACUCCAUGAUCGUCAAAAGUUCCGUGAUUCCUUCUAGAUUUCUUCUAAAGUUCCGAAAAAGUUCCAAAAAAUGCAAAAGAGGCGAAACAUUUCAGGAAUGCCAAAAGUUUUGGGAAAAAUUCAGGAGAAUCUUAAAAGUUCCGUAAUUCGGAACUAGUUCCGGUAAAUGGGAGUAUUGAUGGAAUGUGACUCCAUUCCAAAAUUGUAAAAUAGACUCAAACCAUUUGUUUUUUUACAAGAAUAUCACUGUAUAAUUUUGUAUGUUUUACUGAUUUUAGGGUGUGGUUGGGAGAAAAAUCAGUGCAAUUUUCAGUUAGAAACACUUAAUAGUUUCCCCGGUUAAAAUACAACUUAUGAGUGGAAAUUUUGCGACUUAGAAAUAUCUUUCGUAAAAGACACGAUGAAUUGCAAAAAGGACGUUUUUAUUGCCCUCGAGCUUAAGCUAUUCAGCAGCGGACUUACUGAUAAAAUUGAUAGACAAAGCGAUAGGCAAAUGAGACAAAAAGAAAAUGGUGCGAUCCUUUUGGUUGAAAGAGGUGGUUGUUGUAGACUAAGGGAAAAAUGAUGAACUGACUUUAGAGUCUAUCGUUUGGUGUUAGUUGGUCUAAUAUUAUAUAUAGAUAUAUAAUAUAUCGCAAUCACCCGCUUCCACCAAAGGGUCGUUUCAUUGUCUCUUCCUCUUCGUUGUCAAUCGCUUUGUCUAUCAAGAUCUCAAUAAUCAGUCCGCAGAACUAACAAUAAGAUAACUGGACGAUUUCCCGGAAGGGUGGCAUAUUAAGCGUUUUAAAAGAGGGCAGAAAAUACCUGAGGAAAGGUAAAAAUUACACAGCUGGAAAUAUUUUGUCCUCGUAAAAAUACACCACACCCUGCAGACCUCUGCGCACAAUCCCUCUUGUAGGACCAAGACCACUUUUAAAAAGUGCACAAGAGAGUUACUUAUAGUUCCUAUUUAGCACCAAAGUUCUUGAUUCAAAAUCAUUUUGUAUCCUCACUAAAAUUUUAGUGUUUGUGCUAGACACUGGUAGUGAUAAAUCAAUAUUAAAUGAAAUCAUUGAUACUUUAACUUACGGAGUAAGUUCCAUGCAAAUUAUUAAUAUAGCAAUGAAUACCACAAAAUUUGCUCACUAAUUAUACCUGUUCAAGGAUGCUUGCAUAGGAUUUUUAGGAAACCUAGGAACCUAAUGUAUACACAUGUAUACAUUAGGUAAUAAAAAUGUAUUAUUUACUGAGUUUUUGAGGAUCAUCUCCCACAAAAGACGUGUCUAUGUUUUGUACUUGAAUCUAUUAUUUGAAACUCAUGCGGUACUGAUCAUGUAAAUUUUGAAUCUGUAUCCUUCCCUCUUAAUAUUCUAAACUGAUUUUAGUUGAAUGUGUACAUUCUAAAUUUUACAUCAUACACAAGAAGCAAGUUAGCGGAUUGGUUUUAAGUUUAUUAUUUUGUUACCAGAAUCUAAUUUAUUAUAAUGGAAAUAAAUCAUGUACUGAUAA